AAAAGAAGAGCAUAUUUGGAUUAAAAAAUAGAAGAAUAUUUUUAUAUUACAGAAUAUUUAAAUAACUCUCCCCUAGAAAUCCCUAUGAGGAGACCAUUGGCGAGUUGUUGGAUUCCCUCGAUCCCCUAGAACUGCAGUUUGCCUGAAUAGUCGUCGAAAGCAGCACAAUAGCCAUUCAACUUUACUCCGUAUUUUUCCUCCCGUUGUGAAAUGUUACCUCUGUGAUCGUUGAGUGCAAUUGUACUUGCCCGCUCCUCUCCACCCUCGUCACUCAUUACUCUCACUAACACGUACACCUUUCGCUAUCCGUAAACAAUAUGGCUGAAAGAUUUUUGUUCGCGGGUUAUGUCGCCUCACGCGACUCAUCAAAAUCACUCGAUUUUUCAUAGCAGAAUCACUUGACGAAUCGAUCUGGCCACACGAAUGCUCCAUCACUGCUGUCACCAUCAGAAAAUCAGCAGAAAAAAUUAUACUCGGAGUAUGGUGAGAAUAAUGGUCCGUGACAUGAGAAAUGCCAGUUGACCAUUGAAAAAUUCAUCAAUACGAUAAAUUGCCAUGGAUAAAUUGCCUGACCCAAUGGAUUAGACCAUAUCACAACCACUCAAUGGAUUGAACCAAGCCGGAGGGGCCGUGCAAGUUCUCCAUUGAAUGAAAUUACGAAAAUACGAAUUACAAAUAGUGAUAAAAAAGCGUGGAUUGGACUUGGAUAACGGCCGUGGCGUCGUGCAUGAGUGAUAAACGGGCGCCGGUGACCAGUGACCCCACAUGGACGCCGAGCCCAGAGCACCCGUACCACCAACCACCAAACCUGACCUUAUCCCCUUUGAUACCCUAUUAUUUCACAACCGACUCACCAACCUGACCAGUCCACCCCUCACUCGUCUAUUAUCCCACCUGUUAUUUAUUAUUUCAUCAAUUCUACCAUCGAUAAAUCGUCGCCAUCCAACGGCAUCACCAACGUGCCUCAAUCCCCUUUUCUACCUACUCCCACUCUACCCAUUACAAUCCCAAAAUCACCUGCUGAGCAAUCCCCAACCCGACGAUACUGCUCGCGGUGGUACAUUCGGCUCCUCCAGACGAAAAUUCUCCGAUGAAAAUUAUCAAUCGACUCCCGAUGAUCUGAGACAAUCACUCGAUACGAGUCUAUCGCAGCAGGACUUGUCCGUUGCCAUUAUCCGUCCAAUUAGCACCAACAGAGAGUCUCCUCCAGGAGUUGACAAAAUAAAAUGUCACGAAGCGCUGCAACAAGUCCCGUCAACGCUGUUGCAAGCUUGAUUUUUAAACAAUUCCCGGGUAUUUUUUCCUGGCGCCACCUGUCAACCCGGUGAAAGCUCUCCGGCGGCUAAUGCGCUCAGUGUGUGCAGAGGGAAGUACUCACCACCCACAAAAUAUCUCCAGUGAUAAGUGCAGCAUUCGAUCGGCCAUUCAAGAGGAAAAGAGACUGUCCCGUUGGGGUGCUAAGGGGUGCAGUUCAUCUCUCAGUCUUAUCCACCAGUGGUGCAAGUGGUGGACUCAUAUUUUUCACAUCCCCAUUAUCAUCAAGAUACAAGAACACUGUUAUCGCUGACGGCUCGAGCUAUUCUCAACGUCGAGUUCGUUAAUAAUCAACUCGCUAAAGCCAAUAAACAAAGUGAAUAAUCCAAUCUCCUCGAGGACAUCAAAUACCGAUAGGUUCUGGCGGAUUGCGAAAUAACAUGAAGAAACAUCAGUACACCUAUCGAAUAAAUUCGAUUUGAUGUUAGUGAGGAAGGAAAAAUGUCUCGACAGGGCAAUCAGUACACCGUAAACACACCUGACAGCCAAAUGAAGAAUAAUAAAUGGUUUAAUAUCGGCGAACAAUCGAUCAACAGCAAAAUAAAGUGGUGAUAUGCUGUUAUUUGAACGAUAUGUCAUGUGACACAGGACAUGGUGAUAAAUAUGUAAUGAGAGGGAAAGAGAAAAACCGUCUCGUUGGUUACGGGAAUGGUGUCAUCAAGGUCGUGGUGUUGGCACUAGUCACAGUAAGAUCGUCUACGAGAGAUGAGCGUUGAAACGGACACAUUGGAACUCGAGGUCUUCGAGGUGCAAGACGGAGAUGACGAUAUAAAUGAGGCUAAAUCAUCCAGAAGUAUUGAUAAAAAGCAUUCAUCAAAAUUGGCUAAGAAGUUGGAGAUUAAAUUGUCAAGUGACAAAGGAAAAAAACGUAAACGCCGUAAAAAACGUAGUAGAGAUGAGCGUUCACCUUCUAGUCACGUUGUGGUUAAUUUUCCAUCAUCAUCGAGUGCCGUUGAACACACUGGUGAAUGCUCAAAGAGAGAUUCAUCUAGUAGCCUAGGUGGACCUAGCAAUCGUCAUACUACAUUACGACAGUCUCUAUUAACUGUACUUGGUAAAUUGGUUGUUUGGAAAGGUGCUAGAUAUCGUCCCACACCAACGACAUCAACAAUACCCCCAAAUUCUCCUCUUGCCACUGAGUGCAUUGGUCGCAGUACAGUUUUUUUUUCCAGCGAAACGGAAAGGCGAAUUCGUGCUAAUAACCGCGAGUACAAUUCACAGUUUAAAUAUGCAAACAAUUACAUCAAAACGUCCAAGUACACGGUUUUGACGUUCCUGCCUCUGAAUUUGUUUGAACAAUUUCAACGUCUAGCUAAUUUCUACUUCCUAUGUCUGCUGGUGCUUCAAAUGAUACCCGCCAUAUCUUCGCUUACCCCAAUCACAACAGCCAUACCAUUAAUUGGGGUCCUCACACUCACUGCCGUCAAAGAUGCCUAUGAUGAUUUUCAACGACACAGCAGCGAUUCCCAAGUGAACAACAGAAAGUCCCAGACACUGCGUGGAAAAAAUUUAAAAGUGGAAAAAUGGUCGCAGGUACAAGUUGGCGAUGUAAUUAGAAUGGAGAAUGAUCAAUUUGUUGCUGCCGAUGUUCUUCUACUCUCCACAAGUGAACCCAAUGGCCUUUGUUACAUCGAGACUGCAGAGUUGGAUGGAGAAACGAAUUUGAAGUGUCGUCAAUGUCUAGCUGAGACAGCUGAAAUGAUGGAUAACAACGAACUUAUAGGGGAAUUUGACGGUGAAAUAGUCUGUGAAACUCCAAAUAAUCUGUUGAAUAAAUUCGAUGGUAUAUUAAUGUGGAAGGGAAAUAGGUAUGCAUUAGACAACGAUAAAAUAAUACUGAGGGGAUGUGUAUUGAGAAAUACACAAUGGUGCUACGGUGUAGUGAUCUUUGCUGGCAAAGAUACAAAACUGAUGCAAAACUCAGGGAAGACAAAAUUCAAGAGGACGUGUAUAGAUAGACUAUUGAAUCUUCUCAUUAUUGGAAUUGUAUUCUUUCUACUCUCGCUGUGCUUAUUCUGCAUGAUUGGCUGUGGAAUUUGGGAGAGUCUCGUUGGACGUUAUUUUCAAGUUUAUUUACCAUGGGACUCGCUAGUGCCAACUGAUCCACUUGGUGGUGCAACUGUUACAGCUCUACUUGUUUUUUUUUCAUAUUCAAUUGUAUUAAAUACAGUUGUGCCAAUAAGUUUGUACGUCAGUGUCGAGGUCAUAAGAUUUGUACAAUCAUUUCUUAUUAAUUGGGACGAAGAGAUGUAUCAUGCACCAACAAAUACACACGCCAGGGCGAGGACAACGACACUUAAUGAAGAGUUAGGACAGAUUGAAUACAUAUUCUCCGACAAAACUGGCACUCUCACCCAGAACAUUAUGACCUUCAAUAAGUGCUCUGUGGCAGGGAGAAGUUAUGGCGAUUUGGUCGAUGAUGUCACUGGUGAAAUCAUUGACUUGAGUGAGACGGAUAAAAUGAACAAAUCGUCGGCAACGGUGAAAUGGAAAAAUGGCCAGGAGUUUGUUCGGAACGUGCACCCACCAAUUAGCAGUGCAAAUGCUCGACUACUGGAGCAGGCAGAUCGCAUGGGAAAUUCGACACCCGAGCCCGAUAUCAACGGCAGAGCAAAAAUUACACAAACACCCUCAACUGUUCCACCCCUGGAUUUUUCUUUCAACAAGGAUUACGAGCCGGAGUUCAAGUUCUACGAUCCAGGUCUGCUGGAGGCUGUGAAGAAGGAAGACCCUGAGGUGCACAUGUUCUUUCGGCUGCUGGCACUCUGUCACACGGUAAUGUCCGACGAGAAGAACGGUAGACUCGAGUACCAGGCGCAAUCCCCCGACGAAGCUGCACUCGUUUCAGCAGCUAGAAACUUUGGUUUCAUCUUCAGAGAAAGAUCUCCAAACAGUAUAACAAUUGAAGUAAUGGGAAAACGAGAGGUAUACGAGGUCCUCUGCAUUCUCGAUUUCAAUAACGUCCGAAAACGCAUGUCUGUGAUCUUGAGGAGAAAUGGCCAUCUUCGGUUGUACUGCAAGGGUGCAGACAACGUUAUAUACGAGAGGCUCAAGGAGGGCAGUGAGGAUAUAAUGCAGAAGACCCAGGAGCAUCUCAACAAAUUUGCUGGUGAGGGGUUGAGAACGCUGUGUCUCUCUGUCAAAGAUCUUGAGGAAAGUUUCUUCAAUGACUGGAAGCAGAGGCACAUGGACGCUGUUCUAAGUGGUGAAGACAAGGACGAUAGGCUCGAUGCUAUUUACGAGGAGAUUGAGAAGGAUAUGACGUUACUUGGGGCCACUGCCAUUGAGGAUAAACUUCAGGACGGAGUACCACAGACUAUUGCUAAUUUGAGCCUAGCUGGCAUUAAAUUAUGGGUACUCACCGGUGACAAACAAGAAACGGCUAUAAAUAUUGGCUACUCGUGUCAAUUGCUGACUGACGAGCUAACCGAUGUAUUCAUCGUCGAUGCAACUACAUACGAUAGUGUCGAGACUCAGCUGCAACGACAUCUAGAAACAAUAAAUACAGCAUCUAGUCAACAAAAUAGGCCCGCACUCUCCAUCGUCACAUUCAGGUGGGACAAAGAAAGUGAUACAGAAUAUAAUAGAGAAGACGUGGAGGAGCGUGAGCCUGAUUCUUCGUCAGGAUUUGCCAUUGUUAUUAAUGGUCAUUCACUGGUCCAUGCUCUUCAUCCACAGAUGGAGAAAUUAUUUCUUGAGGUUUCGAGUCGAUGUAAAUCAGUAAUAUGCUGUCGUGUAACACCCCUCCAAAAGGCCAUGGUAGUUGAAUUAAUAAAAAAAAAUAAAUCAGCUGUAACAUUGGCUAUUGGCGAUGGUGCUAAUGAUGUAUCAAUGAUAAAAACAGCACACAUUGGGGUUGGGAUAAGUGGUCAAGAGGGCCUACAAGCUGUAUUAGCAUCGGAUUACUCCAUUGGACAGUUUAGGUUUUUAGAGAGACUACUGUUUGUACAUGGAAGAUGGUCAUAUUAUAGAAUGUCCAAGUUUCUUAGAUACUUUUUUUACAAAAAUUUCGCCUUCACUCUCUGCCACAUAUGGUUCGCCUUCUUUUGUGGUUUCAGCGCACAGACAGUAUUUGAUCCAAUGUAUAUCUCAGUGUACAAUCUGUUUUACACGUCAUUGCCAGUAUUGGCUGUCGGUGUAUUUGAUCAGGAUGUUAAUGAUAAAAAUAGUAUACUCUAUCCAAAAUUGUACACACCUGGAUUGCAAAAUAUGUUGUUCAAUAAAAAAGAAUUUUGCUGGAGUGCAUUGCAUGGAUUUUGGGCGAGCUGCAUAUUAUUUUUAGUGCCCUAUGGAACUUACAAGGAUGGACUAUCGCCAAAGGGUUACGUACUUUCAGAUCACAUGUUGCUGGGCAGCGUUGUGGCCACAAUUCUAGUUAUAGUCGUUACCGUUCAAAUAGCCCUGGACACCUCCUACUGGACUAUUGUGAAUCACAUAAUGGUGUGGGGCUCUCUCAUCUGGUACUUCAUUCUCGAUUAUUUCUACAAUUUCAUCAUCGGCGGUAGCUACGUUGGCAGUCUUACGAUGGCAAUGUCAGAGGCAACAUUCUGGUUCACAACAGUUAUAUCGUGCAUUAUCCUGGUGAUACCAGUAUUAUCGUGGAGGUUCUUCUUCAUCGAUGUGAGGCCAACGCUGUCGGAUCGUGUGAGAUUGAAACAGAGGUUGGCGCAAAUGCGAUCACGACAGAGUCAGGAUAUACUUCGUACACCAUCAACUAGGCGUACACGAAGAUCUCUACGUUCUGGUUAUGCUUUCGCUCACCAGGAGGGCUUUGGAAGACUCAUAACAUCCGGUAAAAUAAUGAGAAAAUUGCCCAAUGGUGGAGAUUUCAAAUUUGCAAUGCCAUUUGCUAAUAAUGUUACGAAAUCAGUCAAUGUUGCAUCAACAUCCCCCAAUGAUGGUACUUCCAGAAAUUCACGUAAUUUGGAUACGAUCAAUUUGUAGAUGGAACAAUUGACAUUAUUUUUCGAUUAUUCCACAGUAGUUAUACGUUUAUUAUUAUCCAGAUAUAUGAUUUUAUCGGGUAGAGAUGAGUAACUGCAUAUGUACAGCACAAGUCCAGAUAGAUUUAACUAAUUGAGAUCGUGAAUCGAGGGGGUAUUGAUGAUUGAUGUGAUAUAGAGUUUCAUUGAAUUAUUUCCAUUAUUUGAGGCUGCGUGUUACAGCAAUUAUAGAGAGAUAUAUUGAAGGGUGACGAUGUCGACACGAUUGAUUAAUAUUCAAUUAAAAGAUGAAGAGAUAAAUUACAUUAAUAAUUGCCUUUAUACUACAUUUAUUACAUUAAAUCGGGGUCGAGGUGGAUAUGGAUAAAAUUAAUACAUAACAAAACAAAUAUUAUUGAUGUAAUAUAGUAUUGACUGUAAAUAUUUUAAAGAGAUAUAUAUAUUAUAUUAAAUGUUAAGUAUACAUUUUUUAAAGAAGAAAGUAAUAUAUAGAUAAAAACCAUUGAAGUGGGAAGAACAAAACAGCUCGAAAAUAUGGUGCGGUAAUAAGUUUAAAAAAAAAUUAAAAAAAAAUUAAACUAUGGAAAAUCAUAGGUAUAUUAUUAUUACUGCGAAUAAUGAUAACGUUUGCCUUGGACUGAUUACUAAAUAUCAUAUAUAUUAAAGUAUGAAAUAACGAAAAUUGAAGGGGGGGGGGGGGAGGGAGGGAAACAAAACAACCUGAACAGCAUAUAAAAAAAAAGUAGCUAACAAGAUUGAAAAAUGAAUACGUAUUUCUACUUUUUAAUAAUUGAAAAAAAAGGAAAAAAAAUAUGGGUAGAGGGGUGGUGGGUUCUGCGUUGAGAAUAUCUCACAAUCAAACAAUAGAAUUUCCGUAGCAAAUGUAUAAAUAAAAAAUCGGAUUCGUUCAUGAUUUCUCGAAUGUGCCUGAGAAGUUGGAGCUUUCGUUAAGUAGAAAAUGGAACAAAUUGAACGAUAUCAUUUCAUCGAUUAGAAUUUUUUUUUUUUUCAUUUUUUUUUUCUAUGAGGCGAUAAUUAACUCACUAUUAUUUCUUCGACAUUGAGAGCUGUUUGUCUUGAAAAUAUUAGAAAAUUUUCGUCCAGUAUUGUUAAUCACUUGUGCAAUCAUACAAUCUGAAAUACCGUAGGAUCUGGAGAGUCGAUGACAAUUGAUUUUACAAUUACACGAGACUGCAUUCUACGUUUAGAGCCAUCACAACACAAUCAUGAAUUUAUUUCUCCCUUAGUCCACGGCAAAAUCAAAUGUUGAGUACUUCUGACGCAUUACGAGAGCGAGAGCGAGUGUGUGUGUGCGUGUGAGUGUGUGUGUAUGUGUGUGUGUGUGAGAGAGAGAGAGAGAGAGAGAGAGAGAGAGAGAGAGAGCACAGUUCACCUUUAUUUUCCCUUGAAUGAAAAUUUUGAAUUUCAUGUGAAUAUUAUUUCAAUAUGUGAUUUAACAAAGUAUUUUUCCCGAUGCGCGAGCAUUAAAGUUAACCACAUCGUUGAUUUUUUGUUGAAUAUUGAAGGCUGCAGCAUAAUACAUGAUUUCUUACGAUCCACACAAACUUGGGAGCAAUUGUUUUACCCCAGAUAUAAUGUGGGAUAGUGGAAAAACAAUAUGUCGAUGUAAAAACCCAUGUUUUGAAUUUUAUUAUACAGAUGGUGGACGAUAACCAUUUAAAUGUAUAGCUUCACUGUAAGCAAAUAUUUGUAUUACUGUCUCCAUUUGUUAAUAUCAUUAUAUUGCUAGCAAUUUUUUUUUUUAUAAAAAAAAAAACCAACAAAUGUCACAAAAACUGCACAGUUUGUUAGUAUAAUAAAGAACAAGGUUAAUUACCAAUGUA